UGGACGGCCCAGCGUCUGUUAUGACUCGAGGACCCCGGCGCCGGUCGGCAAGCGCACGUUGCUAGCAAGCAGGCUAACGAGAAAACGACCACUAACAACAACAAUUUGUUCCAGUCCAGUGUCGUCAUUCUAAAUGAGAAUUGUUUGGAGUGGCGAAAAGGACGUUCGAGAUGUCUCAAGUCCAAGUCAAGCAAGAAAAGAACGUUAUUGACCCCGCCGAAGUUGAAAACAGGAUCAAGGCGCUGUGUCAGCAGUUCCCUCAAGGCAUCACGGAUGAGGUGAUCCAAAACGACAUGCCUCACCUGGAAGCGCAGCAGAGGGCCGCCGCCCUCAACAAGCUGCUCUCGGGGGUGCUGGAUCUCCUGAAGAACAGCAACGGUCUCCUCUACAGGCUGAAGGACACGCAGACGGCCAGCAAGAUGAAAGGCUCGGACAACCAGGAGAAGCUGGUGUACCAGAUCAUCGAAGACGCGGCCAACAAGGGCAUCUGGAGCCGGGACAUCCGCUUCAAGAGCAACCUCCCUCUGACGGAGAUCAACAAGAUCCUCAAGAACCUGGAGAGCAAAAAACUCAUUAAGGCCGUCAAAUCCGUGGCGGCGUCCAAGAAGAAAGUGUACAUGCUGUACAACGUGCAGCCCGAUCGCUCGGUGACGGGCGGCGCCUGGUACAGCGACCAGGACUUUGAGUCGGAGUUCGUGGAGGUUCUCAACCAGCAGUGCUUCAAGUUCCUGCAAGGAAAGGCGGAGUCUGCGCGGGACGGCGAGAGAAGUCCGAUGCUGCGGCGGAACGCUUCCUUCGCCACCUCGCACCAAGUCUGGAAGUACAUCUGCGAGCUCGGCAUCAGCAAGGUGGACCUGUCCAUGGAGGACAUCGAGACCAUCCUGGACACGCUAGUGUACGACGGCAAAGCGGAGCCCGACGUGAUGGCGGCCAAGGAGGGAACGCCGGGCUGCGUGGACGGACGUCUCAAGCUGUACCGCGCCGUUGAACCCGUGCUGGCGCCCGCCGCCCUCGUCAGGACGCCCUGCGGACUCUGCCCGGUGUUUGAAGACUGUCACGAAGGCGGCGAGAUCUCGCCAUCCACCUGCGUCUACUUGGACCAGUGGCUCGAUUUCUGACUCUCAUUGGAUUUUUCUGGUGGUCUUAACUCAUUCACUUGCCAUUGACGGCGGACGAUAAGUUAAACGGUGUCCAUUGCAUUGUGGGUAAUGGCACGCACAAGCUUCCUUAUCAAUAAAGUCAGUGCGACGACGUCUGGUUUCACAUUUUUACAGUAAAGACACAAAAUCAAAAUAUCCUAUGUUUAUAAGAGAUGCAUAUUAAUGGUUGUAAAGAUUUAAUUCAAGAAUAAAAAUGAAUAAAACUUGAUAU